UUUGACACAAUCUGUGUUGUCGACAGCUGCAAGGAUUUCACUGUCUGGACAACAUUUUAUUACAGUUUCACAUUGCUGUAGAGGACAGGUUGACUGGAUCUGUGUUUUUAACAUCCCUACUGAAACAAACACAUCAAACUUUUGUGUGACAGUUCACUGAAAGAUGUUUUGUGACAUAGGCAGGGCUGUUCGUGGUGUCGCCGCCAUUCUGUUUUUCUGUUUUACUCAGGUAUCUGGUGAACUAUGCAAAGAAUAUGGGCAUUACUGUAAUGCUCCAUCACGGUGCUGUGGGUCAGAUUGUUGUACUGACCAGGAUUACGAUGCCUCCAUGAUCAGGUAUUACAGGUGGAACCUCUGGAACAUGUGGUAUUUCUGGUUCAUCAUCGUCUUCAUCCUUAUGUCAUGUUUUGGAGGUUGUGGAUACUACAAGAGACGACAGAUGUUAUUUGCUCGUCAGAGGGCGUCCGGCCUCUCCUUGGCCCCUCCUCCUCGAUCGACUCACCGGAACUCGCGAACGCCUGUCUCCGUGGCUAUGCCAAUAUACCCACAUGCUUAUGCGUAUUCAGGCCCCGGGGCAGAUCCCGGAGCAUACUUCAUGGCCCCUCCCCCAUACUCUGAGGUUGUGUCUCAGCCAGAUUUGUACCCAGUAAACAAGUCUGAGCUGCCUCCAUACCCGGGGGAUGACGCACCUCCCCCUGCAGCCCCUGAUGCUAACACAGCCACAAACAACCACCUGUCAUCUUCCCAGACUGCCUCAGUGCCUACUACACAAGUUUCAGAAGUGAUGACCAACUCUAACUCUUCACCGGUCCCAGCUAAUUUGGAGGUAGAUCAUCAGUGCAGUGCACCCAGUCAAGGGGCAGCAGGGGUGGAGAGAGCCCGAGGAGGGGGCACUGUAACAGGGUGUCCGGACCAUACCUCGGGCAGGACAAACCAGGCUUAUUAGGCCUGGGUUUGGAGACUAUGCCAGUCAGCUAAAGAUGUUCAUAUUUGCUCUUUACAUGUAUAUCUGGGUUUUUUUUUUUUUUUUAAAAUGUACACCUUAAAUGAAGUUUAAUCCAAAUGUGGUAGUUUUU